AUGGCCCAAUGCGGUCUAUCUGCUUCCCAAUUGGGUCUGGCCGCGUUGAUUUCAAACGCUGCGGCCACUUUCACAAGAUUGAUAUCCGGACCGGUAAUGGAUCGUGCAAAGAAGAAGAAUCGAGUAAUUAUCGUUCUUUGUGUAGUCAGCGUCAGUAUGAUCUUAUGCUUUCUCGGCUUGCCAAAGGAGCACGACUAUCUGAUGGAAGGUCGUAUGGAUGAUAGUGGAUUCUUUGUGGCUCAACUACACACGGAACACAAUCAACCUGAAAGCCAAAGUAAUCAAAGUUUGAACGCUACUGAAUUCACUGGCGAGAGAAUUUGUUGGCCUGUUCUGGCAACCGGUUGUUCGACAUCAUCCAGAUCAAUCUACCCGUUUGAACAAUCCGAAUUUGAUCUGAAACUAGUGGAUGUGAACGAAACCGAUUACAGUGCAAUGUACUCGAUUCAAGCGUGGCAAAGACACAGUCAGCCAGAACAGAAUGCAAGUACCCAAUUUUACUGUUUCUAUUUGUCCGAGGAACGGAACCGAACGGAUUGUAUACCGAUUCGAAACGAACGGAUAAAACCGGCAUCUUACACCACACUCAUUCUGAGCAUAGCGCUUCGUAUGGUCCUGUUUGGUGCUCACGCACCCAUCAUGAACCUCCUGGAGUCGAUCACCUUUAGCAUUCUUGGACCGCGUAAAUCGCGGUUCUUUGGUCAGACACGUUUAGUCGGCACACUGGGCUACGUGCUCGGAGCGCUUGCGAUCGGUCCGAUCAUCAGUGCGUUUUCUGUGGCGUCUUUUGGCGAGCGAUUUGUCCGUUUUCCUUCCACGAACCCGGAUGAUCACACCGUGGGGGUCAGCUACACACCGUGCAUAUUGAUUGCGGCCGGGUGUGCCACACUGGCUGCACUAUCGACAUUUUUCAUCAAACAAAAUUCGGAUCGAUCGAAACUGGAAUUGCACAAAGCUCUACUCGUGGCAUUCCAAUCCUCCGAAAUGAUCAAAUGUAUGAUCAGUUGCCUAGUAACCGGAUUCGCCACAUCCCUAAUUGGUGAAUAUUUCACUCUUAUUCUGACCACUCAGUACGGAUUGUCUCACACGUUUAUCGGAACAUUGAUCUCGGUGAUCGUGUUGACUGAAGUGCCCACGUUUUUUGUCAGCGGUUUUUUGGUAUCCCGUUUCGGUCCGGCGUUGUGUGUGAGUGCCGCUCAUUUUGUUUGGGCUGUCUAUUUUGUUACCAUUGCAUGUAUUUCCAACCAAUGGGGUUUGCUUUUAGUCCAGGCGUGGUCCGGACUAGCCUUCCCGAUUGCGAACAAUGCCAUUUUGUAUCAGGCCGCCGUGGUCGGUCGGGAUAAGACACUUAGCCAGGACGGUAAUUUGGUGGCUAGCAUGCAAGCAAUCACGAACGCGAUCACUUUUGGACUGAUCCCGUGUUUCGGUGGACUAAUUUGGGGCUGUUUGUUGGAAUACUUUCCUGGAAGGUAUCUGUAUGGAAUGGCAGCUUGUUACUCUGCCACGGUGAUGCUCCUUGUACCAUUCAUUGAUUACGUAAUCAAUAAAUUAGAUGCAAGACGAUCAUCUUAA